GCAUCUGCGCAUGUGUCGUGCGUCUUGACAGAAGAAAAGCGUCCCAAUGUAUCAAAUACACUCAUGGGCGCGCCAGAGAUCGUUAAUGUUUAUCUACUCCUGAGGCCUGUCCCUUAGUAUAACGUCUCUGAUUUCACUGGUCCAAAGGUGUGGUGUGGGACAUAAUGCGGGUGUGAACGUCAAGAUGUAAUUCGACGCUGAAUGACUAGUGUGGUCUGAAUCGUUCUACUGUCGGAAUAGAGAGGACUGAUAGUAGCCAAGACGACCAGACAGCAUGACGACAAGGACAGAGAACAGAGUGGCGUCAAGGAGAGAGGAUGGAAUGACUUCGAGAAGGCCGGACAAUAUGACGUCAAGGGGAGAGGACAGAAUGACUUCGAUACGGCAGGACAAUAUGACGUCAAGGGGAGAGGACAGAAUGACUUCGAGAAGGCCGGACAAUAUGACGUCAAGGGGAGAGGAUGGAAUGACUUCGAGACGGCCGGACAAUAUGACGUCAAGGGGAGAGGACAGAAUGACUUCGAGACGGCCGGACAAUGUGACGUCAAGGGGAGAGGACAGAAUGACUUCGAUACCGCCGGACAAUGUGACGUCAAGGGGAGAGGACAGAAUGACUUCGAUACGGCCGGACAAUAUGACGUCAAGGGGAGAGGAAAGAAUGACUUCGAGAAGGCCGGACAAUAUGACGUCAAGGGGAGAGGACAGAAUUAUGUCAAGCAGAGAAGACAGAAUAUCGUCGAGAGGAACAAACACCAUGACGUCAAUCGUAGAGGACAUAAAGACGUCGAAUCAAGCAUUGUUUUUACGUAGAGGAGACAAUACAUCAUUGAACAGCGGGAACAAGACAUUGAGUUUCAAGGACAGGAGCACAUCAAGUGGCCAGGACAGGAUGUCGUCGAGCAGAGGGGUAUUUCAUACAAGUGGGAAUGACAGACGAGGCAUGUCGAGUGGUCUACAAACUACAACACAUGUACAAGUUGAUACUGCCGAGACUCAUGCUGAGGAAGAGCCUUUUCAGAAGAUGAAGACGACAUUCAAUCUCCUGAAGAGUGUUUUAGCCGAAAGUUUGGCUGAAACUGAUAAAAGGCCUAGCAAGCGAUAUCCCCCAAAAUCAGUGCAAGAAAACAAAGAAAUACAGAGGCUAGUCGCCAAGGUCGAUCAACUGUUGCAAAUGAUGAGGGAAAUGUCAGAGCAAUCAGACCGAAAACGCGUAGAACUGGAGAGAGAAAAUGCCAUUCUACAGAACAAGUUGGUUGAAGCCCAUGAUUCUGAAGCAACAGCUAAAGGGAACUGUGAUUUUCUGGAGCAACGUGUAACAUAUUUGACAGGGAAAUUGGAAGGCUACGAAACGAAGGAAUUUGAGCACAAGCUUACUCAGACAACACAGGACAACAACGAAAUACACACACUUCUUCGAAGGAGUGUGUCCCAUGAUGACCUUGAUGAGAACGGUGUUCAUGAUCAGUCCUUCGGCAGACAUUCCAUCAAUAGGUGGAGAUCAACAACCACAGUUGAUACCCGAGACACAGGUUUCAGUGAGACUAUUAUUGAAACAAUUCACAAGGAUGUCGAGGAAAUACGGAAAAAUAUUGAACAAUUAUUUGAAGCUGCUUCCACCUGCCCUACACCAACAACCAAGUUUCCACCACUUCCGCCUCUAAUUAGAGGUUUUUGUGUCAACAUCCAGGACUCAGUCAGUUCAGAGAAAAGUCGGAUGAAUAACUUCUCAAGAUGUAUUGGAGUGAACCAGUCCAGACUUUGUCAAUUAAAGGAUGAACAUGACUACAAACAGGACCUGCCAAGUGUGUACUGGGCCGUCAUCUACGAGUGGAACAGCAUCAAUAAUACCGAGGCAAAUCGUGCAACCAUGUUGGACCAGCUCAUACAGGCAUGCGAUGCGUGUUGGAUAACUAAUCCAUUAUCAGUGCGCCCGAUGCCAACCAAAGAUCGUCUGAUCAUUGAGAAGAAUUACUCGUACCUGGUGGAGCACCUCAUGGUGCGACCAGCUCUCGUCUACCUACGGGACUCUCAGAAGAUCACUCCAAACAUAGUCCAGUAUGUGCAGGAUCCCCAGCCAAACCCAGAUCAAGUCCAGAGGUUUGUGGAAGUCCUACCCGUGUGUGGUGGCCAGGCUCUGGACAUCUUCGUGGACGCUCUGCAGAAAUCUGGACAACAACACAUCGCAAAUACUAUUGUAGCGACCAACCCCGAAAGGUUCAGAAAGUCAUGCGACUACUCAUCACCUAUGAUGCAAGAAGACAAGAAAGUUUUAUAUCGAUCUCAGAAUAUUGCUGGGCAAACGAAAAAGAAAAGCAGAUUUAAAUUAAACUUUAAACCAUUCAGGAUCUUCAAAUCAAAGAAGUACAGUCUUGAAGCUACCAGUCCGCAAUGACUGUAGACCGGACAUGGAUUGCGUAGAGAAGAACAUGAUAGAAUAUCGAGAGAAUACGGAACGCACUUCAUGGACAUGAAUUAUAUGUGUUUCCCUAUUUAUGUAAAGAAUCACUGUUGGAAUUAGUGUCUUAACUUGUGGAUUGCAUUUGGUCAUUGCGAAGAAAGGGGUACCGAAAAUGUUUGCACUUGUUUCAUUGUUUCCCAACAUUCUCUUGAAAUGAAAGAAGGGUUUUUUUCCAAUAUAUUCCAUGGCGUGUCUACCAGUAGGGCAAGACAUACUUUCUUUUUUCGCAAAAACAUGAUGUCAUAACGGAUUUCAGUAAUCCAUUCGGUUAAAUAUCAUUACUAUUUUGCCUUUUACACCCAAUGAAAUCUGUUUUGAAGACUGGUCAUUAUAUGGCUUUGACGUUUUAUAAUAUAGAUGUACAUAUUUUAUAGAUAUAGAUGUACAUGUUUUUUUAUAUAUAGAUGUACAUGUUUUAUAUAUAGAUGUACAUGUUAUAUAUAUAUAGAUGUACAUGUUUUAUAUAUAUAGAUGUAAUUAAUAAAAACAUACUUUCAGUAUGUGGCAAUCAUUGCGGACACUUCCUUGUACAAAAAUCAUGAGCAAAAGUCUAAAGCACAGCGUUGAAAAAGCCUCAACCGUGAACGAAAAACAUAAUUCUUUUUGGCUCAAGUAGCCCGGAGUUUCAAAAGAGAAGACCUAUGUUUUGGUGUGUGAAGUGUCCUAGCACUAUGAACCACAUGCUAUUGAGAUGGCACAGACCUUGCAAAGUACAAUAUAGUACUUUGUCCAUGAAGUAUAUGGACACAUCAGUUCAUGCCUAGCAUCGCUCUGCUUUUAGCAGAGAUUUUUUUAUGAUUAUGAAAAGGCUUUGAGAUUAGGAGAAAAUGAGAUUAACCUUCAUUCGAGGUGGCUGUUUUGAACAGUUUUGUAGUCGGGUUUUACUCUAUUUAUUAUUACCUGGAUCUGGGUAUGCUGUUGAUGUAUUUAUAUGAACAAACGUAAUGACUUAUGCAUGUGUACUUAGGUCUGUAUAUACUUAGAUUUACAUAUUUCUUUCAUCUGGAUACUUGCAAUCUUGUUUAUGCAGUAUACUGUAUUCUGUUGUAUCAACAACAUUCUCUCACUGCCGACAAGGGUAGGAUGUUUUUUGCAUUGGCAGCUGGAACCUGACAUUUUUCUUAUAAACACAUAUCUUUGUGAAAUUGUUUAUGUAAACUCUGGUUCUUGUUAUUCAUACUGAUUAUUUAUGAUACUGAUGUUCCCAAAUAUAGAUGACUGAAAGGGCAAAAGGAUACUCCUAUAGGAAAAUAUAUUUUAAAAAACACGUCAAUCUAGUUCUGUGUUGUUUUUUCAUGCAUUCUCUUUUUGAUUUUACAAAUAAAAUGUUAUGUUGUG